UGGUUGAAACGUGUCUUUAUCGUAAAGUGAACGUGCAGCUCGUCCUGAUUGUGAAAGAGUGGAAAUUACGAGGUUUUUUUCCUUUUAAAGUCAAUGGAUCGUGAAAGCAAGACGAGGGAAAAGGAAAUGUGUGGUGCUUGUGGUAAGGAGGGCGUAAAAUAUCGAUGUCCAUCUUGUCUGAGACGAACUUGCAGUUUACAGUGUGUCARAGACCACAAGGAACGGUUUAGCUGUACUGGGAUUCGCUGUAAGACCGCAUACGUCUCUAAGAGUGAUUACAAUGAAAAUAACUUAAUCAGUGAUUAUAGACUUCUUGAGGAUACCGAAAGAGUAGCAUACACAGCACAUUCAAGUCAAACCAAUAAGACAAGGCACUUCAAUCGCAAUGCUACAAAUUUCCUUAAAAAGUCACAUGCAAGUGGAGUCAUACUGAAACUAAUGCCUGUUGGUAUGAAGAAGAGAAUGCUAAACACUUCAUCCUAUGACAACAGAGCUAAAACGAUCAUGUGGAGAGUAAAGUGGAUUUUCCCACAGGCUGAUGCAGAAUAUAUUGACAAAAGAGUGUCUGAAAAAGAAGUAAUUACAGAUUUACUGAGGAAGUAUCUAGACCCUGACAAAAGUGAUCCAGUCAUCCAGCAAAGACUCAAGAUUUACUUACAGACUGACAUUAAUAAGAUAUGUGUCUUAUUUAAAAAGGAGUACCAACCAGCCAACCAGGAAAAAUACUACUUGUUGGACACAAGCCAAACUUUACAGCAGAAUUUAGCAGGAAAGACAGUUAUAGAAUUUCCAUCAUUGCAUGUCAUAUUACCUCAGUUUUCUGACAGCUACCCAAAACAUGACACUUUGACACACAGACAAGUACCUGAAAUGAUUACUCCACAACUGAACAUGAAUCAAGUGGUAUUGGAUAAUAUUAUAGAUUGCCAAUAAAUAAAUCAAGCACUCUUUAAGUUUUGCAUUUUAUUGUCAGAGAGUUAAUCAUCACCACCUGAACAAUUUGCAAUGUUACAGCUUUAACUUUGCAGUAGUUAAAUAAAAACUAAAACUGUAAAACAAUCUUGGUUACCAGCUGGAGAUGGUAACCCACAUUUAUAUUGUAUAAUAUUAUGUAUUAUUGUGUUAUUUAGUAUAGCAUGCAAUCAUUGACAGGUCUUGUAAAGGGUUCAGGUGGUGCCUGAUGGAGUCCUAGAAUACAUGGUCAUUUUCCACCACCUAGUACAAACAGUGUUGGAGUAAUUCAUCUGUGUAUGUUGUAUUUAUCGAACAAAAACAUCGGUGUUUCUAAAGCUUGAAUUGUCUCUGUCGAUUAAAUAAGAUAAGGUGCUAUUAAACAUGGUACAAGAGGCAAAUGAUUGUAAAAUAAAUUCCAAUUAGUUGGGGGUACACACAGCUAUGCGCACACUUUUUGACACCACAUGAUACAUAAUCCAAAAAUAAUGGCUAUUCUAAUUUUUAUUAUAUAAAAGUUUAUAAAACUUGCUUGCUGUUCUGUAUGAAAUUUUAUUAUAUAGUUAGGAUAGUACACACGCUGAUUGGUUGAAAACUGUGCUUUAUUAGUGAACGGAGCACAGUGCUGAUGCCAUCCAUGCGCACGAAGUCCUGUGAACAUUUUACUUUUUUCAUAAAUAAAUUAAAUACUGAAAUAAAAUGAGUAACUAUAUGAUAAAACGAAUAAAGCAGGUUUUCCAUGCUUUGUUCAGUAAUUAAGCACAUAGGAAGUGCCAUAAGCACUCAAGAAGUGUGAAAAGCACGAGCCGUAUCUCAUUAUACUUCUUUCAUGCUUACAUCACUUCCUGCCUGCUUUAUUACUGAAUGGAACACAGAAAAAAGCUGUUUUAUUUGUUCAAUAAAGCACUUGCUGAUGGGCAGAACAUUUCUCCCAACCCUUCUUUUGUGUUUGCCAAUCGCUGCAUAAGUAAUCUUAUUCUAUUUCUUCGUCAUUAGUGCCUUAGAUGACUUAUAGAUGUUUGUCCAGCCAACAUCUAAAAAUGUAAAACCAUUACCUUGCCCCAUUCUUUAAAGAAUAAAUAACUAUUAGCUUA